UCUAAACCAAACAUCCAUCAUGACAUCCCUUGAUCCCGAACAAAGUCCACUUUAUUUCCUCUAUUUUCCUUGUCGGGAACGUUCGCAAUGGCAGACGAACGCCAUCCAUUUUCAUACCCGCUGCAUUCGCUCCUUCCCGUCCUCUUGCUUGUAUCCAUAACAAUACGCCCAGCACCCUACCGACGCCUAUUAUUUCUACCCAUCUUCAGUAUCGCCUACUACCUCGUCUACCACACGACCACAGGCGAGAUUAUCUCCAACCUCUCCAUCGGCGCGUCCAUCCCACCCAUCGUCGCCACAGCCCUCGACUACAUCCUCCUCACCGACCCCCAAACCGAACUGUUCCAAAAAGGCCAGACCACCCCCCAGGCGUCCUUCCCAGACUUGAAAUCGCGUCUCAAAUGGAGCUUAUCUCUCUUAACCAGCCAACGAGGCAUCGGAUGGACGCACGAGCCACCUAACCUCCCGCCAUACACCACUCCCACAUCCCGAUGGUGCUUCGUCGUCAACCGGAUAGUACAAAGUGCCGCGAUGUUCAUUCUCUGGGACGCCGCGGCAACGUAUACGCGGUAUCGACCCUCCUUCUACAUCGACGGGCCCGAGGAAACGACUUUCCUAGGGAAAUGCGCCUUCGUGUGGGGCUGGGCGGUGCCAGCUGUUGCAGCCUUGACGAUGAAUCACGCGCUGUUCAGCGCAGUAAUGGUAGCUUUGGGCAUUUGGGACGUCCAGACGUGGCGACCGCUCUACGGGAGCUGGUUAGACGCGUAUACCAUACGCCGGUUCUGGAGCCUUACCUGGCACCAGCUCCUUCGAAAGAACAUAACCACCCCAGGCGACCGCCUCGUCUCCCGCCUCUCCCUCCCGAAAAACUCCAUCCUCGCCUCGUACAUCAGACUAUACAUCGCGUUCUUCAUCUCGGGAUGGGUCCACCACAGCUCUGACUACAUGGUCUUGGGAUACCACGGUGGGGCACUCAAGUUUUUCAUGUCCCAGGCGCUCUGUAUCACCGUAGAGAGCGCCGUCAUCGCCUUGGGUCGGCGCUUAGGGUUUACGGGCAGCCCUAAUUUCUGGCGCAUCGUCGGGUAUAUCUGGGUUCAAUCAUGGUUCGCUAUGUGUUUGCCCAUGUACAUCAACCCUCAAAAUAGAGCGGGGGUAUCAGAGGCUGGUGUUAACUCGGGAAUCAUCGAAGGGCUCUGGAAAUGGUGGAUUACCACUUGGCAAUAGAUAAUCUGGUAUUCUUAAAUUUUAAACUCGGCUAUAGAGCGACUUAACUAGGUCUUCGAGAUAUACAGUAAAUCCUGGGCACUUACUCUCUUCUCGUCGAUAAACAGAGCUACGGCGGUCGUAUGGCGGUCCCUAUGUGCGCCUACGCAAGCAUACUCCCACUGCCUACUCGAGCAUGGAGGACUAGGACUAGGAUGACCAACAUCUUGAACAAAUUCAGACAAAUUUACUAUUAACUUCUCUCUGCCAGAUGUCGUCUUUGGACGCUAUUUCUUUAUUCAUUGUUCGUGCAAUGCUUCGUCCAAGGGACUUCGUCUAAUGACCCCGUCUUUGCUGUCGUCUUUGACGCUAUUUUCUUCUUUGCUC